AUGGUACAGCAGUGGUGGACUGAGACAACGCCUAAGGGGUGUGGGGCAUUCAUUGUUUAUAAGAAACUGGCUGGGGUUAGAACGCACUUACGUCAGUGGGCUAAGUUUAGCUUUGGGUCAAUCAAGUUAAAAAAGUUAGCAUUGAUGCAAGAGAUGGAGGUCCUUGACAUUGCCAAGGAAUCUAGAAGCUUAACCCUGGGGGAGAUCCAGAAGGAGAUUGACCUUUCCUUCAAUUUAGAGGAAAUUCGUAGGCAGGAAGAAAUCUAUUGGAGACAAAGGUCGAGGGCGCAGUGGAUUAAAGAGGGUGACGAAAACACAAAGUUCUUCCAUGCGGUGGCAAAUGGCAGGAAGAAUCGCAACUUCAUCCCUGGUAUUAUACAUGGAGGCAGUAGGAUUGUGGAUCCGGGUGAGAUUGGCAAAGUGUUUGCUGCACACUUCAACCAACACUUUGGUUUCCAGCGGUCCUCUAGACUCAGAAUCGAUUUUCAGAGAUUAUUUCAGUUAAAGACUGCUGUGGACCUCAACGGGUUGGAAGCUCCUUUUUCUGUCGAGGAAAUCAAAAGGGCAAUGUUUGAUCUUGGAGGGGACAAAGCCCCAGGGCCGGAUGGUUUUCCCCUUCAUUUUUUAAGCAAUUCUAGGACACGGUCAGUGCGCAUGUAG